GUCAUCAGCGUGCGCCGCGGCUCUGUCAGGUGCACGUGGGCCGAGUCCGGCAACCGCCCGGUCCUUGAGGCGGGCCGAGAGCUCCGGAGCGAAGGUCCCCGCGAGGACGAGCGGGGCCGGAUCCACCGUCGCCACCUCCCGCAGCGCCGGGCGCUGCCGGCCGGGCCCCUCCGCCCAUGAACCGGAAAAGUGGGGGCGGCGGCGGGGCGGCGGCGGACACUCGCCAUGGAGUUCUCGACGGCGGACUACAGCAUCUUCGUGCUGCUGCUGGUGCUGUCGGCGGCCAUCGGGCUGUUCUACGCGCUGAGCGGCGGGCGGCAGCGCACGGUGCAGGAAUUCCUGCUGGCCAACCGCAGCAUGGGCUUCCUACCCGUCGCCCUGUCCCUGCUGGCCACCUUCCAGUCUGCCGUGGCCAUCCUGGGCGUCCCGUCCGAGAUCUAUCGCUUCGGCACCGAGUACUGGUUCCUGGGCUGCUCCUAUUUCCUCGGGCUGCUCAUCCCCGCUCACGUCUUCAUCCCCGUCUUCUACCGCCUGCAGAUCACCAGCACCUACGAGUACUUGGAGCUGCGCUUCAACAAGACCGUGCGCAUCUUCGGCACCGUCACCUUCAUCUUCCAGAUGGUCAUCUACAUGGGAGUGGUGCUCUACGCGCCCGCGCUGGCACUCAAUGCAGUGACAGGCUUUGACCUCUGGAGCGCGGUGCUCACCAUCGGGCUGGUCUGCACGCUGUACACUACGCUGGGAGGGCUGAAGGCCGUCAUCUGGACCGACGUGUUCCAGACGCUGGUCAUGUUCGCGGGGCAGCUGGCCGUCAUCGUGGUGGGCGCACAGCGCAUGGGAGGCAUGGCCAGAGUGUGGCACCUGGCCGAGCAGCAGGGCAAGAUCUCCGGCAUCGACCUGAACCCCGACCCCUACGUGCGGUACACCUUCUGGACGCUGGCUUUCGGGGGGGUCUUCAUGAUGCUGUCGCUGUACGGCGUGAACCAGGCGCAGGUGCAGCGCUACCUGAGCUCCCGCAGCGAGAGGCAGGCGGUGCUCUCCUGCUACGCUGUCUUCCCCUGCCAGCAGAUUGUAUUGUGCCUCAGCUGCCUCACCGGCCUCGUCAUGUUCGUCUACGACCGCGAGCACCCGCUGGCCCCCAGCGGCACCCACAGAACCCCCGACCAGCUCGUGUUGUACUUUGUGAUGGAUGUGCUGCAGGACCUGCCAGGGCUGCCUGGCCUCUUUGUCGCCUGUCUCUUCAGCGGCUCCCUCAGCACCAUCUCCUCUGCCUUCAACUCGCUGGCGACGGUGACGAUGGAGGACCUGGUGCGGCCGCACUUCCCUGGGCUGUCAGAGUCACGUGCCACGCUGCUCUCCAAGCUCCUGGCUUUCGGCUACGGGCUGCUGUGCCUGGGGAUGGCCUACGUGUCCUCUAUGCUGGGCCCCGUGCUGCAGGCGGCCAUCAGUAUCUUCGGCAUGGUGGGGGGGCCGCUGCUGGGGCUCUUCUGCCUGGGGAUGUUCUUCCCCUGUGCCAACCCUACGGGCGCGGUGGUGGGGCUGCUGGCCGGGCUGGCCAUGGCCUUCUGGGUGGGCAUCGGCAGCCUGGUGUCCAACAUGGGGAGGGCCACCCCCCUGGCCAACAGCACCGUGCCCCCCCCCAUCAACCUGACCACACCGGCCGUGCUCGCCACCACGCUGCUCACCACCACGACACCCCCCCCGAGCCCCACAGGCCUGCAGAAGUUCUACAACCUCUCCUACAUGUGGUACAGCGCCCACAACUCCACCACCGUCAUCGCGGUGGGGCUCCUGGUCAGCCUGCUCACCGGCCCCACACCUCCCUCUGCUGUGGACCCCCGCACCAUUUUCCCGGUGCUGCCACGGCUGCUGUGCUGCCUGCCCGCCCGCUACCGGCAGCGGCUGUGCUGCGGGGUGCGCUUCCCCACGCAGGAUGCCCCCCACCCGUCACCCACAGCCGAGAAGCGCGUUCCCAACGGGGUGGGCGCCGUGCCAAGGGACGAGGCCGAGGAGCAGGGCUACGGGCCGCCCGCCUAUGCGCUGCAGGAGACGGCCUUCUGAGCGCGGCAGGGGGGGGCACGGGACCGCCGCGGGACCGGUGCUGCCCGGGGGUGCCGUGGGACCACGAUGAGGAGCGGCGCCACGCUGUUAUCUCCCCCUACCCGCACCUCAAUAAACCGUUCUGGAGAGCA